AUGCUCAAUGAAACAGUACUGACUGAAUUCCUCAUCUUAGGUUUCUCUAGUCUUCAGGAAUUGCAGCUGCUGCUAUUCUUCAUCUUCCUUGCUAUGUAUACUUGUACUCUGGUUGGGAACAUCUGCAUAAUUACCAUUGCCUGUCUGGAUUCUCAGCUUCAGACACCCAUGUACUUUUUCUUAGGGAACCUCUCAUUUCUGGAUAUCUGUUACACCACUACCAAUGUCCCACAGAUGCUGGUGCACCUUGUGUCGGAGAAGAAAAGUAUCACAUACAUUGGGUGUAUUGUGCAGCUCUAUUUCUUUAUCACAUUUGUGGGUACUGAAUGCGUCCUUCUGGCUGCAAUGGCCUAUGAUCGCUUUGUAGCUAUAUGCCAUCCUCUGAAGUAUGCAACCAUCAUGAGGAAAGUCCUUUGUCGCCAGUUAGCUGGUGCUUGCUGGGCAAGUGGCAUUCUUAACUCUGCUGUACACACCUACAUGACUUUCCGACUCCCAUUCUGUGGAUCCAAUCAUCUCAACUACUUCUUUUGUGAUAUCCCUCCCUUGCUACUGCUUUCCUGUGGAGACACUUCCCUUAAUGAGAUAAUUUUGCUCAUUGUAGGAGUCUUCAUAGGAUGGGUUCCUUUUGUCUGCAUAGUCCUCUCAUAUGUCUAUAUCAUCUCUACCAUUCUGAAGGUACGCUGCAGCGAAAGGAGACUCAAAGCAUUCUCUACUUGCACCUCACAUCUUACCAUUGUUUUUUUGUUUUAUGGAAGUGCCAUCUUCAACUAUGUCCGGCCAAUAUCAACCUAUUCAAUAGAAAAAGAUAGGCUCAUUUCUGUCCUUUACAGCAUUGUUACCCCCAUGCUAAACCCUUUGAUAUAUACCUUGAGAAACAAAGACAUGAAGGUUGCUCUGAAAAAAAGACUUGGUUCAAAGAAAAUCCUGCUACUGUGUUAA